GUCAACAGGUAAUGAUGGCUGCCUCUGCCGCGGAGACGGCGAACUGUCUUAUGAUGCGCGCCGAACCGACGCGAGAGAUACCGCUAAAGCUAGAUGAGGAGAUCCUUGGACGAUCAGGAAAUUGCUCUGUCUCGAUACACUCUGUCAUCGUUUCCAGAAGACAUGCGGAGUUUCGACGAAGUAAAGGAGGCAGCUGGACUGUGCGCGAUCUCGCUUCGGUCAACGGAGUUUACGUCAAUCACAGGAAGAUCGAACCCCCUGCGUGCGCCAAUCUUAAAUCGGAGGACGUGAUCUCGCUGGGCCCGAUACAUCGAACAAAUAUGGCGUUCCAGUUUGUGCAGAUUCCGGAUGACGAGGAUGCCAAGCUGGUGUCCUUGAAUACUGUAUUUUGGUUAUCCACAGCUGCAAAUAAAGUAAUCUAUACUCCUGCUGGGGCGGGCCCACAUGGGAAGUCCUGCUCAGGCUCCUCACACUCUGCUCGUCAGCUUAAAGAACAGCCCAUACCUGAAAGUAAUAACGAAGAAAAUGAUGAGGAGCCGCAUACCGAGAAGGUAGGUUGCCUUCCUGCUGCUAGCAGUGGGUCAUCUUCCAGGUGUUCUACUGGGGAUCACCAUGGCGCAUCGCAACAUGGGGCCGCCCAUUUGCACUGCACUGCAGGGGGGGAUCCGGGCUGCGUGGGUGGCAGUGCAAUCUGCGCGGUGUCCGGGGCCAUCGGUGGUGCGCAUAGUUCUAUCCAGACGGAUGUGGUAAAACGCGUAGAGAACAUUAUGGAAGAAGAGCUUACGUGUUCCAUAUGCUCCGAAUUGUUCAUCAGUGCUGUGACGUUAUCGUGCGGACAUAACUUUUGCCAGAUGUGUAUUCGCAGUUGGCGGAGAAAGAAGGACGCGUGUCCUAUAUGUUCUGCGCCUAUAGGACAAGAGAUUCGGGCGUACGUUUUGGACAGUGUCAUCAAGCAGCUCGUAUCGCUCAAUCCGCCCCUGAAGAAACAUUAUGAGCAGAGAUAUAAGCGAUUUGCUUGAGUCGUUCCAUCAACAACAAUACU